AAAUUUCUUCCGUGCUGUCGUAUGCUAGCGUUCAAGAUGGAGUCCGCCAACAAAGCUGGACAUCUGAUGAGUCUAGCGGCUCUGCAGCAGUAUGACCCUUACAUUAACAAGCUGCUCGAUGUCACCGGGCAGGUAGCGCUCUAUAAAUUCAACUCCAAAGCAAACGAAUGGGAAAAAACAGAUAUUGAAGGCACCUUAUUUGUGUAUGCCAGGUCAGCAUCACCACAUCACGGUUUCACCAUCAUGAACCGUCUAAGCACCGAGAACCUGGUGGAGCCGAUUAACAAAGAUUUGGAGUUUCAGCUCCAGGAUCCGUUCCUCUUGUACCGGAAUGCCAGCUUGGGAAUUUACAGUAUCUGGUUCUACGACAAGGCCGACUGUCAGCGCAUCGCACAGCUGAUGGUACAGAUAGUGAAGCAGGAGACACUGAGGGCUCGGCAGACCUCUCCAGAUCGAGGCCGAACGAAUGGUUGUGUUGAGGCUAGACCGAUGGAUAUCCUGGAGCUGCUGAGCAAAGCCAAAGAGGAGUAUCACAGGGUAAACACAGACAUCACUCCAGCCCCAGACCCAGUUAAAGUAGAGAGCGUGAAGCCUGCAGUUAUUGCUGCUCAGCAGGAGAAGCAGACACACGGUGUGGUGAAGCAGAUCACAGUGGAGGAGUUGUUCGGCAGCUCAUUACCCAAAAACCCAACCCCUCCAGCCGAAUCGAUUUCUGGCGACAGUUUCCUGCGUGGAAUAAGCUACGGUCCCCCUCCCGUGCCCCUAGAGCCCCUCCUCACACAGUGUCUCUCAGCCAAUCCCCUGCUCCCUCAGCACUCCAUCUCUCCCGGGCUUAUGGCUUCAAGCGGGCCUGAGAACGUUCCAGCACUCGGCAGCCAUCGUGGGCAGACUGGCCCUCAAGCUGCGCCUCAGUAUAUCAACCCGCUCAAAAAUGAUGGCCACGCGAUUCCCAAGCCGACAGCAGUGCCGGGCUUCAUGCCCAGCGCGCUAGUCACACCACAAAGUUUCCGAGAACCGACACCCAAAGCACCAGCAGUUUUCACCAGCAAACCCGCAGCAUCUGCACAAACUAAAGAAGCUGGCACUUUUGCACAACCGCAAGCCCCAAAUCUUGUCAAACCCAUUCCAACCAAGGCGGGGCUCGUUGUGCCAGGGGGGGGGCCUUCAUUACUUCUUUCCCCCAGUGUGUUCCAGCAGUCCACUACGAAAGCACCAGAGCUGCCGAGAAAUCCUGCUCCUCCACCGUCACCUCCCGCCUCUCUGGGGGCUGGAGAGCUUCCCUCAACUGUGUAUAGCAAGGCACAGUUACAAGAUGUCCUUAUACAUUUGAUAAAGAACGAUGCCCACUUCCUCAGCACAAUCCAUGAAGCGUACAUGCAGAGCCUCACCAAAGACCUCGGCAACGUCAAACUAUAGCCACUGACCCCAAACUCCCGGACUGAGCGCUCUUCCGGUCAGCCCAGAGGGCUGCAUAUUAGGACAGAACCACCGCAAACCCGGUGCACUGGUUAUCUCACUCUGGAUCCUAAUCACUGAGAUGAAUCCGAAGGCACACAUUACUCCUUUCUUUCAGCGCUACCAGAACACAAGCUCUACAAGAUGACUACAUAGCCACAGUUACCCCACAUCUGAGCCCUGGUUAUUAAGAAUCAUGAGGGGGAACACUCGCUUCUUUUGUCUAAUCAUUGUCUGCUCACCCAUCACCCUGUCUGUCAUUUCAUCUCUAGCUGGUGGUUACGGCUGUGCUUAUGAAUGGAGGUGCAAAUACAGGCUUUUUUUUUCUUUUUCCCCCCGUCUUGUAACCGCCAUGUUUAGAGAUUUUGCUCUGGUUUCUGACGCGACAAACUCCUACCGAUUAAUACGUAACGCAGUUAAAACAGUAUCUUUUAAUAGAACGCACCAGCAGCAUAAUCAGCAAGCAUAUUUAAUUGCACCUUGCUGCGAAGUAUCACCCCGAAGCACAAAGCCGCUCAGUGCUCGAAGAGCUGAAGUGCCCUCUGGUGCAGUGCUCAUUUCUCUGCAUGCUCGCGUCACUAGUCCACCUCAGAACCUGUGUGCGUACGAUUCACUGCACCUCGCGCUCGUUUUUAAACUGACACCGCUCUGCACUCUCUCUGUUAAACACCACACAACGUUUUAUCAGGGAAAGUUGUAGGAAGUUGCUCUAGUAGCUCCUCUUGAGUUUUCAUUUUUUCCCCAGAGCAUUAACGUGUAUCCACAUCACUUUUAUUUUGUGCCAGCUGUUCAUACACCAGGC